AUGCUUCCGAACAAAUCAAACCAAUCGGAUGUGCCAAAAGGACCAAUUGUUCUGCCAGAACCUGAAAAGCGUACGGUAGUGAAAGAAGCGUUUCCGGAUCCGUUACCGUCUCAAAAUCGCUUUGUGUUCCAAAAAGACAAAAACUUUUACUUUGUCAACUUUGGAGUUUAUCGUCAGUCGAACGGCUCUCAGUAUUUUCAAUUCGCUUCUGAGAUCAUCCUUAACCAGAAAUAUAUCAAUAUAAUGGAAAGGAUAAAUAAAGAGUGUCAAGGGCGGAAACUGAUUGACCCAUCUUACAAAAUGCCGACUUAUGGAGUUGUUUGGCAGACGACAGAAACCAAAGGAACCAUGACAACGCCACUGGAAUUGGAGUCGCCGACCCCUCCGAAUCAGAAAGAUCAUCCUGAAACUUGUGAGGGAUGUAUUUUGAAAUCCGAACUGCGCAUCAAAAACGAUGAGGAGUUGAGAAUUUUGGGGGACUACUUCGAUGAGGCUGUGCGAGAACUGGAGAAGCACACGGAAACGAAGAGGAAUCUCGAGAAAAAACUGAAGAAUACGAUGUUCAGCGAAAAAUUACUCGAAGAAGCCAGAAGGGAAUUUCAGGAGAAGAACAAGAAAAUCAGCUCCCUGGAAGAAACGCUUCGAGAAGUUCAAUCACAAAAGGAAGGAAAACUCUUGGAAAAGAUGAGAAACCAAAAAAUGUUGCUGAUUGAUGCCCACUCAACCAGAGAAACUGAAUUAGAGAAGCUGAAAGAAAUCAUUCGAAAUCAAAACGAAGAAAUUUGCCAAAUGAUCGAAACUAAGGAGGAUUUAACCGAAAACAUAAGAAGAGCUAGAAUUGAACAUAAGGACCUCCACCAAAAAAAUAAGGCAUUGAGGAUUCAAUAUCAAACAAUAAGAACGGAACGACACAGGGGUGAAGAGAUUUACAUGAAACACAUCGAUAAAUCAAUCGAAAUACAUUCUGGAAGAAUCGAAGAGUUGGAAGAGUUGGGACACCAAACGCUCGCAAAUCGUGCGAAGGUGGAAUUUGAACGGUACAAGACAGCAUUCAACGCUCGGCUCGAUAUUAUUACUGCAAACCAGAUUCAUCUGCAGCAAAUUGACACUCUUUACCUGCUUGUUGAUGUGCCUUCUUUCAAAAAGUUUUCAUCAAAACUUUUUGAUGAAAUAACUGCUGCAAUUUUGCAUAAUGAUAAUCAACGGGGGGAUAAUGGAAACCGUGUGGCACCUCCAACUCUUCAACGAGCAGAUGAUGGCAACCGUGUGGCACCUCCAAAUAUUCAACAAGAUGAACAGGAAAAGGAGCAUGAAUGUCCACUUUGCUUCGCAUCGAUGCUUCAUGGCAAAGUUCUGGCCUGUUGGUCGUGCAAGAACAAGUCUCAUGAAUCGUGCGUCAGAAAGUGGCUCCAAAAGAAAUCUACGUGCCUCUUCUGUCGGAUUAAAUGGGUGGAUCCUGUCGAUUUUCCACCUCUCUCCGGAAGCUGA